AGCGUUUCUCACGCGUAGUGGAAUUAUCAGCGUUCGGGGGUCGUAACGGAAGAAGGUCGCCGAAUUUUUUGAAGAAAUGAAUUAAAUGGAACUACUGAGGUGAAACAAAGACUUUCAAAAUGAGCCGCACGCGGAAAAGGCACCAUUCCAAGGAGUCUGUUGGUUAAUAUAGGCCUUGUGGACAAGAAUGAAGGAAAUGGUCGGAGGGUGUUGCGUUUGUUCUGAUGAUCGGGGGUGGGCCGAAAACCCACUAGUAUAUUGUGAUGGACAGGGAUGCACUGUUGCAGUACAUCAAGCUUGCUAUGGAAUUGUGACAGUACCCAUUGGAAAUUGGUAUUGCAGGAAAUGUGAAUCUCAGGAGCGAUCUGUCAAAGUGAGAUGUGAACUGUGUCCUAAUAAAGAAGGUGCCUUGAAACCAACAGACAAUAAUGCAUGGGCUCAUGUCGUCUGUGCUUUAUAUAUCCCUGAAGUCAGGUUUGGUAAUGUUACGACAAUGGAACCUAUCAUUCUUGCACAAAUUCCUCAAGAGAGGUAUAAUAAGACAUGUUAUAUUUGCGAAGAGAGAAGCCGAUCCCGAGCGAAUGUCGGUGCUUGUAUGCAGUGUAAUAAAGCUGGUUGCAGGCAACAGUUUCAUGUCACUUGCGCACAAGGCCUUGGUUUACUUUGUGAAGAGGCUUCUAAUUACAUGGAGAAUGUUAAAUACUGUGGAUAUUGUCAUCAUCAUUACACUAAACUUAAAAAAGGAGGUAAUGUGAAAGUUAUCCCUCCUUAUCGUCCUGUUGGUGCGAACGAUUCUCCUGAAGGUUCGCCUGUGAAAGAAACAGAACCAACGAAAACUACAUCAAAAAGAAAACUAAGUGCAGGUUCAAGUAAAAGUGGUAAAACAGCUAAUACUACUGGUGAUGCAGAGAUUGGUGUUGGUGGUGGCGAUGAUGACAAAGCUGGGGCUGUUGGAGGAUUGGAAGGCGAAGGGAGUAAAAUUGGAAACAAAAGAAGGAAAGGAGGCUCAAGAACUCCUCCAGUAGGAAUUCCUAGUCCCGAGAGUAGCUCACGUCCUUCUAGCCCUGGUAGCAGUACUAGACUAGGAACCACGGCAGUUCCCCCACCCGUUGCCACACCACCAAUUCCUCCUCAGCAUGCCGUAUCAAAAGAGUCAUCUAGACAAUCAAUUGUUGUAACAGUGCCAUUGGAUGCGUUGCCUAAUAACGUUGCAUCUAUAGCUACCCCUUCACCACCGCCGACGAAUACUGUUGUUCCAGCUGUAGUAGGAAGUACAUCAGCCUCUUCUACCUUACCAUCAGAUCAAGUUCCCCUUCCAGCGAAAAGGCAAAGGUCUCAGUCGUCGGAAAAAAGUGAAAAAGGGCGAAGAUGGAUGAAGAGAAACAGUAGUGGGAAGUCACACUCACCUCCUCCCCAAUCUCAGCAGUCAUCUGGGUCUAAAAGCAGCAGUCCUGGGGAAAGCAGUAAUUCGCAACUUAGCUCCAGUGAAGGAAAAUUGAGAAGGUCUGCUCCUGGCUCAGGGGUUGUUGUGAAGGAAGAAAAGGAUGUUAAAAUUUUUCAGAACGGUUUGAAUGCUCCUCAUAUGCUUGGGAAUCAGUUGAACCCAAGUAGUGUAAUGGCGCAAAAAAUGUGCGAUACCCUUUCGCAAGAAAUGGUCGCACAUUCUGUGUUUACCCAGCAGGAGCCUACUCAGAGCAAUAGCUUGGUGGGACCACAGCUCCAUCGGCCUCACCACGCUCAGAACCGAAUAGGAGCAUGGACAGGUAUGCCUGGCACGACUAAUAAUCAUAACACCACAAAUAAUAAUAAUAUCCCGCAAUCAUUGGAACAGUUGUUGGAGCGACAGUGGGAACAAGGUUCUCAGUUUCUUAUGGAGCAGGCUCAGCAUUUUGAUAUUGCUUCGCUGCUUUCCUGUUUGCAUCAGCUACGUGCUGAAAACGCCCAGCUUGAAGAACACGUUACAAAUCUUGUUCAAAGGAGAGAUCACCUGUUAGCUGUUAAUGCGAGGCUAGCUAUUCCUCUUGUGCAGCAACAACAUCCACAACAACAACAGCAGCAAGUUAAUAAUGUUGCUGCUAGCACUCCUCCUGUAAAUAAUGCUCCUGCCGCUGUUGAAAAUGGUAUGGCUACUGCUGCUGAACAAGUCCAGUACCAGAGGAAUACACCUCAAUCUUUACCCAGGUCUAACUCGGCAGGGUUUCCUGGAAGUGGACAGCAAAUCCAACCUCAAAACAGUGUUGUAGUAAGGGCAUCUUCAGGGGAUCAGCGAAGGAGCUCGAGUGCUGGUAGCAAUUACAGUAACCACAAUAAUCCAGGAAUGUAUUCUUCAUCUGGGCAGCAGCAACCUCAGUCACAGCAGUCCCAGGUGGUGAUUAGGAGGGACGUGAUCUCUGACCUUCACCACAAUAUGAGUAGUGGUGGUGGAAAGCAGUCGCAACCUUAAGCCUAACAGAAAAUAACCAACGCAAACCAAGUACAAAACUUAUACGUAGUUUUAAGCACUCUCGUAAAACAAAAAAAAAAAAAAAGAGAGAAAAAAGGAUCGUUUUCUAUAAUUUUUAUUAUAAUUUUGUUUUUGUUUUUUUGUUUUCUCUGUUAAUUUUAAUCAAAGGGACUGAUCUGUAUAUAAAGGGAUUAGAAGUGUACAUUUUAAGUUUUGUAAUGUAAUAUCCUCGAUUCUCGCGUUUGUAAAUAUUACUAUGAACUGUAAUAAUAAUAAAUUGAUUGAAAUAAUAAGAAAUGUCAAUUAUAAAUGUUUUUUAUUAAAAAUAAACAAUCUUAAAUUUUUUUUAUCAAAUUAGAUUUUAAAAUUAGUAGAAUUUUGUUUUAAGUAGUUGUGAAAAUUUGACUUCUCCUAUGAAAUUAUAUAUUAAUAACGUUUCAGACUUGCUCAAUUCUGAAAUUAUGCAUGAAAUAUUUAUAUAUAUAUUUAUACACAUAAGUAUGAAAAUAAGGUAAUAUGUUGCUAACGACAGAUGUUUUGAUCCAUUAUUUUUAAAUUAACUAUUAUUUCAACUCAAAUUGAAGAAAAAAAAUCUAUUCUAUAAAAUUUAAAUAUAAUUAUUCUACUAUUAUUAAAAAUUGGAUAAGUUCAUUGGGUUGCCAUAUUAUUUAUACUUGUGUUUGUCUGUUUAUCUUUCUAUUGCCAUUGGUGGAGGAAAGUCUGAUGUAUACAUUUUUUAUCUGUUAUUAUGACUGAACCCUGCUGUGUUCCUAUAAUUAGA